AUGGCACCCAAUAUCCUGGCCCUCCGUUGGACCAUCGGCAUUCUCUUUGGACUUGCCCUCUUUUGCCUCUGCCAGGGCAGCCCUGCUGGUCAUGCAUAUUAUUCCUCCUCGCACGAUGAGCCUUAUCUACUGCAUAAUGCGACUCUCUCUUCCCGGAACUAUCUGCACUCAGAAAAUGAACUUCAUUACCUAUCCAAGCGCGCUCCCCCUGUGGACGUGGCUGACGGUGCAAGAAAGGCCGAGAACGAAUUAUUAUGCUAUCUAUACGCUCAGACUGCCAAGCGUUCAGAUGCCACAGAAGAGCAACUGGAAGAAAACUGGUCCGAGGGAGUGUACAAACUAAGUGAAAGCGGGUUGACGACAACAGCUGGGGCCAUGGCUGCGGAGCUCAAGGCUUUGAAACUUCCGACGGAAGUGGGGAAAAGGGGAUUGAUAGGAUUUUUCUGGAAUCAGGAUAAGUCCUUUGACUACAAAGGUGGACGAGAAAUUCCGAGCGAUGGGUUCUAUAUGGGGAGUAUGAGUGUGCAGGCCGGGUACAUCUCUGCAGAAAACAACGAAAGCCCUGUCCGAAAUCAAGAUAGUCCCCGGCCCUCGCCGUAUAAGCUAUCGGACGUUUAUUUUCUUCAAUGGCAGAAAUUGGCCGCGGGGAGUAACAAGAUCAAGAACCUCAAGUACUUUAUUCGGAAGGAUGUCCAGAAUGAGGAUACCUUGAAGAUCAUCAAUGAGGCCACGGGGAAUGUUGCUAAAGAAUGGCCAGGCACGACCUUUAGCAUGGAAAGUGACGAAAGCAAGGCACUUCUACGGACUCCAAACGGGGUUGGGGUCGCAUAUAUGCUUAUCCAGCAUAAACCCGAGCUGGGAGUGAAAGUUCCAACCCAGGUGCGCGUGUUUAAGACCACAAACAAGAGUGGAUUCGUCGAAAAGCAUCUUCUAUUUUAUAUUGGCAAUUAUAAGGGCGCAUGA